ACGUGUCAAACACCCAGUAACUCAAAACUCUCCACGUAGCCUAUACCACUCUACGUGUCAUUUCAUAAUCCCAUGCAUAAUUCUUCCACAACCCUCUUCGCCAACAUUUAUAAUAACCUCCAUACAUUCCAAUCUUCAAACACUUUCUUAUUCAAAAAAACAGAGUCAUGGCUUCUAAGAGUUUAUUGCCUUUUAGGCAUUUGUUAUGUUUGGCUAUUAUUAUGGCUAUGGUGAUUGUUGUCCCCACUUGUGGAGCUUCUACUAAGCAAGAAGAAGUGUCUCAUAAUUACGAGAAAAUGAAAGAAAAACUACAUGAAACAGAGAACAAGGCGGCGGAGAAGGCGAAAGAGGCGAAAGAGAGCUCGGAGAGUUGGACGGAAUGGGCUAAGGAGAAGAUCACUGAAGGGCUUGGGUUUAAGGACACAAAUGGUGAUGAAUUGGCUAAAGAUGGUGGUAUUCAUAAAGCUUAUCAAACUGUUUCUGAUACUGCUAAGAACACCAAACACAAGGCCCAACAAGUCUCUUCAGAUGCGGGAGAAUAUAGCUCAGACAAGGCAAGAAAAGCCACAGAUAAAACCAGUGAAACCAUCAAUGUAGCUAAGGACAAAGCAUAUGACACUGCCAAAUCGGCGAAAGAUAUCGCCUAUGAGGCGGCUCAGGCUACUAAGGAUAAGGCCUACGAGGCUGCACAGAAGGUUUAUGAUGCCACUGGUGCGGCCAAGGAGAGGACUCACGAGGCUGGGGAGAAGGCCAAAGAAAGGGCUUACGAGGCCAGCGUUGCGGCCAAGGAGAAGGCGAAAGAAACCGCGGAAAAGGCGAAGCAGGGGAAAGAUAAGGUGGCGGAAAAGGCGAAGGAAGCGGCGGAGGAAGCGAAGAGGAAAGAGUGGGAGAUGGAGGAGGAAGUGAGUAGGGGUGUGGAUGGUGCUAAGAAGAAAACAGAGGAGGUUUAUGAGGCUGCUAAGGACAGAGCUGGGCGUGUUAGAGAUGAUGAGCUUUGAGUUUUGGUUUGUUUUGUUUUUGAAUAUUUAAGAUUAUUAUUAUUAUUAUGUGUGUAGGAAGAAUAGUUAAAAUAUGCUUUUUGAAGGCUUUUGUUUUUUUUUUUUAAUUUAAACGUUUAUAUAUUACAAUUAUGUUUUAAGUGGUACUCGAACUCAGGAUCUCCAAGAUGCACACACUCACUUAUAGCCACAGGGUAGCUCAAGUGGUUUGAAGGCUUUUGUUUUAUGUUAUGUUGUUAUUCUUUUUGUUGAAAUCAUAUUUAGUGUGAUGGUUAAAG